AUGCCGGCGUCCGCGGGGGAGUACUGCGCGUACGGUAUCGGCUCCGCGCUCGCGUGUGUGUCAAGGGGCGUGACCGGGGUGGGCGCGGCGAUCAUAUUUCUCGUCGUAUGGGUCGUUUUUAGCGUCGCCGGGGCGAGCACGGGGACGCUGAAGGAGACGGUGGCGCUCGAGGCGUGGGUCGGGUUGCUCACGAUGGCGCCCUUCAUUUGGAGCGCCAACAUCAGGGAGCACACGAAUUGGUUAAUUUUGGUGUCGUUCUUACCGUUUCAGGCUGGUUUCGUGCCGGUGGGGACGAUCACGCUGCAGAGGGUGUCGCCGGCGUACUUGGAGUUGACGUUUGCGGCGCUCAUCGCGCUGUUCGUGGUGGAGCGCGUUGUCUCGGGGGCACGGGAGUCAAAGGCAAAGGCGGCAGUGGUGACGCCGGCGGGAGAGCUUGGGGACGAGGACGGCAACGAUAACAGUGUCAUCGUGGUCCUCGGCGGUGUUGAGGGAGAAGAAGUCAAACCUGUGAACUGGCGCAGGGAGCCGAUAAAGUUCCUAUACGCGCCCGUGGAGAAUCGCGGAUUCACGUUUAACGGGAAGAACUGGCAGUUCAUGCUCAUCUGGGCGUUCGCUGGGUGCGCGAGUGGAUUCUUGGGGGGCAUGACAGGCACGCACGGUCCACCAACGAUCGCUUGCUAUACGACGAUGAAGGUUUCCAAGGAUGUCACUCGAGCGACAAGCGCGGCAAUUCUCGUCACCGUCAUGUUGGCUCGGUUCGUCACGUACGCCAUUAACGGGCUGUUCGUGAUUAAGAAACCUGGUUUAUACGGCGCCGCGGGCGCGUGCGGAAUCGUCGGCGUCGCAUUCGGCAUCUGGGCUCAAAAGUUUGUCAACAAGGACCAAUUCACUCGCAUCUUGUUGGGCAUUUUGGCCUGCGGCGCUGUGUUGAUGUUGUACAAGGGCAUCGUGGAUCUGUAG